UCUUUGAAGUUUGAAACUUUGAAUUUGUUUUGUUUUGUCUCAAAGGAUACUGCCUAGCAAGGGAGCUGCUGGGUAGCGGAGGAGGCUAGAAUUGCGGUAUCACAACUUGACGUUGGAUCAGAUCCAGAGCGGAACCAGACAGGUGUUCCUCCGGGAAGCACGGAGGGGAAAUCUGGGAUGUGGGUUCGUCGAGUUUUAUAAGAGGGAGAGAAAAUCACUUUGAAGCAAAUAGGGGUUGACUUCGUGGGUGACUGGCAUUACGACGACUUUAGGGCUUACUUUAUCAAUUAAUUUGUCCCGGUGGAGCUGGAUCCCUUUGUUUUUUUUAUUCAGUACGUGCUCCCAUGUUCAGUUGUAAUACAAAUAAUAGUGAUCUCUCGAGUCUUUUUUCAAUGGCUGAUUUGUUAUCAUAAACGAGCAUACCCAAAGAUGAACUUUGGCUGCACUAUGUGCACAUAGCUUAAUCUGAAGAUUGCCCAAAAAUCAAUCUGUGAGUAUUAGUUUUUUUUCUUACUAGUUUGUUCUAACAUAUGCUCGAUCGAUAUAAAUUCAGAUUUCAUAAACUUACAGAUUGAUGAUGACAGACACAGUUGUCCCAAGUCCAAUUGUUCAUGAACUUCUGAACCAAAAUAACUAUGACGAAUGGAGUUUGCGAGUUGAAACCUACCUGUUGGCAAAAGGUCUUUGGGAAGUUGUGGAAGCCACCACUGAGCCUCCUAAACGAGAAGAUGGUGAAGUUGAAUUUAAAGCUUGGAGGAAGAGUAAUGCCGAGGCUUUGCACUCGAUCCAGGUUUCUUGUGGGGCCGAUACUUUCUCUUUAUUAGGGGCACACGCAGAGCCAAAAUUGCCUGGGAUAUUUUGGCAGAAAAGUUGAAGCCAGCUGAAGCAUGCCAAGCCACAGGAACUGAGGAGAUAUCAGAUGACCACACGAAUAACAACCCAACCACUGUUGAUGCGGAGCUAGAGGAAUGGUCGGCAAUAGAUUCAGGAAACGAAGACAAUCAAACUUUGCACAAUUUAGUGAAGAAGAAAGAUUGGGAUGCUGCAAUGGAGUUUCUUAUCCAACAUCCCAGGGCAGUAACUGCAAGACAUGGCGAGAGCGAUGGGACAAUUCUUCACCUGGCAGUCAUAUUGAGAAGGUGGAGCUUGCAAAAAAAUUGGUGGACUUAAUGAGACCAGAGGACUUGGAAACACAGAACUCUAGGGGUCUUACCGCUCUUCAUUAUGUUAUAGAAAGAACUCCAGAAAGCGUCGAACUAGCAAAAUGCAUGGUUGACAAGAACAUGAAGUUACUCAGUAUUGUCUUUCCCGAGAAAACCAUCACACCUUUGGUCGGAAAAAUUACCCCACUUAUUCAGGCUCAUAGUCGUAGUCAUGAAAAAGGAGAAAAAAUGGCUCAGUACCUUUAUUCCGUCACUCCGCACGAAACCCUGAACGAUUCCGAAUGCGCUAUGCUUAUUAUCCACGGUUUUAUGUUAAAAAGAUUUGAUAUUGCGUGGGAUUUAAUUCAGCGCCGUCCGGAGUUAGUCAUUGCUAAAGAUUUUUACGGGAGAACACCUUUAAAUAAACUAGCUGGUAUGCGUUCUGCAUUCUUAAGUGGAAGCUCACUCAAUUUCUGUGAACAAUGGAUUUAUGACGGCAUACAAAUAAAACCAAUGCCUACAACUGAGGAACCUAUUCAUACCACUGAUGAUGAUGUUUGUAUAAACGUUCAAAAACCGGAAGAUGGCAACCAGAGUAGUAAAAGGCAAGGGCAUCUCAUUUGCUCAGGUACGCAUGUUACAUGACAGACGUGCCAUUUAUUUUUGUUAAUGUUUAGUUGUUUCAUAAAUUAAGGUACCACAACUAUAUAUAAAUCAGUUAGCAAGCAGUAUUUCAGGAGAAGCCCAUAUAUUUCAAGAUAAACCCAUUGACCAUAUUUUAGGAGAAGCCUUUAUUCUUGAAGUGAAAUUGGCAAGGUCAAUCAUCCUAUUGGUUCUGUAUAUAUCAUUUAUAUUUUCCCUUUUUAUUUAACUUGAUUUAUAGAUGCAUUUGGAUGCUUCCUCCUUUUAUUUUUCACUUCUACAGUCCUACUACUAUGGUAUCUACCUCGACAAUGGAUAUGUAGGAGCUAGGAGGUCAUCUUCUUCAUAUUUACCUCUUUUCUAACUUGGUUUCAAAUGAUGGUGGGGCUUAUCUUCUAUCCACAUACAGAUCAAAUCUUCGUCUUAUAUUUUUAUCCAUUGCAACCUAUUAAUCAAUGUAUCAUUCUAUGUUGCAAUUUU